AUACAUAAAUGCAAGGAUCCCAAGAGAUACGUGGGCGGCUGCUGGUCCUUUAGGGAGGUAUUUGUCACAGGUGUGCUGAACAAGGCCAGAGCAUCAGAGCAAAUGACCAGGAGAGAAAGCCAAAGGCACUCUAGGCCGAGCCUGUCUUCAAAGGGCCAGGCUCCCUUGGUUGAGUCCUUAUUUCGCACUAAUUAAAGUAAGUGCCCUGGUGCAAAUUGCUACACAAUACCUUCUGCCUGUGUUCCCAGGCUUGAAAUGGCUGUUUCUGUUCUGAUUUCAGUUGUCUUUAUGUAGCGAUCCCCUUUCCUUGUGUUAAUAAUUAACAUGACCUAGUUGAUCCCCAAACUUCAUGUUCACUUUACUUAAACGGAAAGUAACUUCGAAGAAGUGACAUAUUAUGGUUUUGGUACCGUUUCAAGCCCUGGGCUUUUGGGGAACACUUCUGUUUUUGAUCUUCCUUGAGCCAAGUUGGGAACAGGAACAAACCAGAUAUAUCAUUUCAACCCCAAUUGUCUUCCGAGUUGGAGCUCCUGAAAAUGUUACAGUCCAAGCCUAUGGCUACACCGAGGCAUUUGACACAACCAUCUCUGUGAAAAGCUAUCCUAAUAAAAAUGUUAAUUACUCUUCGGGCACUGUUGAAUUAUCACCAGAAAAUAAAUUCCAAAACUCUGCUAUCUUAACAAUUCAGGCCCAAGAGUUGUCUGAAGAACAAAACUGGUUCUCAAAUGUGUAUUCGGAAGUCGUGUCAAAGCAUUUUUCAAAAUUAGAAAUAAUGCCAAUCGUCUAUGACAACAGCUCUCUCUUUGUUCACACUGACAAGCCUGUGUACACUCCAGAACAGCCUGGUAGGGUGUAUGAUGCUUGCUUCAGGGGAGAAAAUUGACAGAAAUAUGUGUAACAUCUGGAAUUGAGUGGAAACAAUUUCAACUUAAGAGAAACUCAAAUCCCAGGAUGUUUAUACUCUCCAAUAACAUUUUCAUUUUUAACUUAUAGAGGAACUUCUAAGUAAAUCACAAAAUUAAUGAUCAUUUAAUCUGCCCUAUUUAAAAAAAUGUUUAUCAAAAAUACAGAAGACAUAAUUGCAAAUACAACUUUGGCACUGGGAAAUAGAUGCACUUAAAAUCUUGUUUAUAAAACAUUCUUGGGGGCUGGAGAGAUGGCUCAGUGUUAAGCUCAUUGACUGAUCUUCCAGAGGUCCUGAGUUCAAUUCCCAGCAACCACAUGGUGGCUCACAACCAUCUGUGAUGGGAUCUGAUGACCUAUUCUGGUGUGUCUGAAGACAGCUAUAGUGUACUCAUAUAUAAUAAAAUAAGCAAAUCUUUAAAGGAAAAUUCUCAGAUUCAGUAGCCAGUCAUGUUAGAAAAAAGAAAUCUAAAAGAAGAGAGCUCUGUGUUUCGCAGGGAUUAAAGUACAUCUUAGGAGUGUCUAGAUGCUGAUUCUCUAUGUUUACCCACCUAAGAAAGGAUCCGUCAAGCAUGGUCUCAUAUUUUCACUGUUUCUGUUAGAGGGGGAGCAGCAGAAGUCAUGAACUUCAUGACUGAGUUCUUUCCACCCACAGAACCGAAAAUAAGACAUAGAAAAAUGUCAACAUUGUUUAUAAAAUAUUCUGCUUUUUUUCAUCCGCCACUUGUCAUCACUAGCUUCGAAUCCACAGUUAGAGAUGGAUUUAUGCAAGGUCCGCAUGCAACUGGAGGAACCUAGGAUGCUUCAUUGGUGGCACUCUGUGUGAAGGACCAACAAUGGCAGGCAGAACUGCCCUGUUUUGCUUUGUUCUGUCUUUUAACUUUGUACAUAGUAGCUAUCUCCUAAUUUUGGUGGACGCUGAUGAUGUCAGUAGAGAGGUAGACUGGGGCUGUAUGACAGCCACCACACCACUCAGCAAGAGCACAGGCUACACUGGCUGAGCAAGGAAAGACCUAGAAAGGGUGAGGAUGUUGCCACCAGCUUAGCCAGAGUGUCAUUGCCAGAAUCACUGCUCUGACCCCAACAAGACAAUUUGGUGUAUGAGACCAUAACUUCUGCCCAUAAGAAUAUUCUAAAGUCCUUUAUCCUAUUGAUGCAUGUAAUGUGAAGAUACGUGAAGGAUUAAAGCUUAAGCAUCUUAGAAUAAAGACUUAAGUCUUGGGGCUGGAGAGAUGGCUUAAGAGCAUGGUCUUCCAAAGGACCAGGGUUCAAUUCCCAGCACCCACAUGGCAGCCCACAACUGUCUGUAACUCCAGUUCCACGGGAUCUGACACCUUCUCAUAGACAUGCAUGUAGGCAAAACAGUAAUGCACAUAAAAUAAAAUUAAUAAAUUACUUAAAAAAAAGACUCAAGUCUCUAAGGCUUCCUUAAAUAAAGGGCCUUAGAAUAUUCUUGAGAGUUCUUCCGUUCUGUAAGCCUAUGUCCUGACCUCUUCCUCAGCUCCCUUAUCUACUAUGCCCACCUGACCCCUAACUGUGGACUCAAGUCAAACUGACCUCAGCUCAACUGCUUUUCCUACCGUUUUCUCAUCCAUAUGGAAGUGGUGAAAUGUGCUGUUACUUCUGCUUAGAACACUCUUAUCCCUUUCUUUGCCUCCCGUAGGAGCCAUCUUACAGACAGAUCCCUGGGGUUGGGGAUUUAGCUCAGUGGUAGAGCGCUUGCCUAGCAAGCGCAAGGCCCUGGGUUCGGUUCCCCGCUCGGAAAAAAAGAAAAAAAAACAGACAGAUCCCUGCAGGACCCUGUACUUAGAGCUUGCCCGGCCACCCUCCACCCCACCCCACUCACAUCUUCACACACUCUGUCACCCAGGGCCUCCUAUAUCCCAGGCAAGCACUCCAUCUCUGAGGCUUGACUUGUUCAGCCCUCUCUUGUUCUCUCAAAAACAUGUAGGCAGAUGUAAUAAACAUGGACACUGUGAGCAGUGAUGUGUGGUAGAAGAGCCACAGGCUUGAGAAGGAAUGAGGAGAGAGAUUAGGAAUCAUUCUAGCGAUUCCUAAUGCCAGGUUAGAAACUGCAAAUAACUGGCAUUGAAAUAAUGAGGGCAGUGUAAACAUGUUCCUUCUUUUGUGCUGAGUCAAGUGGAAACUGUUUCUUUGUAUCUGGAGUACCCUGGUGGAGACAAUGUUCCCAUGUUUACUAAUCAGCUAAAAUUUAAAGGUCAAGCUAACCCUGAACAGAGGAAGCCAGCACUGAGAGGAGACCACAGUUUGGAAAUUCAGGACCUGUGAUCUUAGCUUUGUCCACAUGCUGCUAACAGUUCUUUCCUAAUAACUAGACGGGGAAGGUGGAUUUGUCCCCAGUCAGGAGGGGACAUUUGAGAUAGAUAACAUGGAAGGAAGGAGAGGACAGGAUGUAGGGGACUUAACUGAUCAUAAAUUUUACUUUGUUACCUUGGUAAAGUUUCAUUGAUGCUUCUUGGUAGAGUUUACCAAGUGCUGGCAAAGAGUGGAAACAGCGUUGGGCUUAUGAUACUAUUUCUAUUUGUGUGUGUGUGUGUGUGUGUGUGUGUGUGUGUGUGUGUGUGUGUGUGUGUGUGAAGACUUGGCUGUGAAAUAGUUUGAGAACCCUUGAAGAAUGAAAUUGUGUCACUGUGUCCCCAAAGAGCUGAGUUAGAAAUUCCACCAUGUAGCUUUGUAGUUUAGGCAACCACAUUAUUGAGAUUUCUGAGACAUUCUGCCUUCUGGUCCACACUGUACCCUGAAUUGUAGGUAGGGUGUUGUGUUUUAGAUGUGCCAUUUGGGACUGGGCAUCCCAUGGUCAUGUAAUCUCUGAGCAGCUGAUAUGCCAAUAUAGAUGAGGGAAAUUUUAAAAGGCCUCAAUCCUAGACGAAGAGCUACAGCAGUCAGUCAAUGGCUGAUGAGACUCUCCCAAGUUGACAACACUAACCAUAAACGUGUUCUGCUAACUUUGUGGAGGAACACUUACCAGCCCUCCAAAUGAGCAUUCUUGUAUUAAAGAAUUGUAUUCGGGGCUGGAGAGAUGGCUCAGUGGUUAAGAGCACUGACUGCUCUUCCAGAGGUCCUGAGUUCAAAUCCCAGCAACCACAUGGUGGCUCACAACCAUCUGUAAUGAGAUCUGAUACCCUCUUCUGGUGUGUCUGAACACAGCUACAGUGUACUCAUAUAUAAUAAAUAAAUACAAAAAAAAAAAAAGAAUUGUAUUCAGUGAGUUCCAAUGCAAUGUGGUAAACAACUAGACUUGUGAAAAAGUCUAGAGCCUUUUGUGUCCUGUCCACACAGAAGUCACCAAGCUGUUAAGCACCUCUACUCCCAGCCUUCUGAGUGGAAAACAGGUUAUAAAGGCUCUCCCUUGGAAGACAACCCUGUGUGUUUAACAUUCCUGGUUUCCCAAGUGCUUACCCAUGAGCACAAAGAGCUACAGGUCUCCUGCAGAGACAGCCUUCUGUCCAAGAAAGAUUAAGACAAAAAGUGGUUUUGGAUAGUGUGUGUGUGUGUGUGUGUGUGUGUGUGUGUGUGUGUGUGUGUGUAAGUAUAAUAAUAGGAAGGGGUAGAAAUGGUGCAAUUAUACUAUUCAUGCUUGUAAUUCCCCCAAAAUCAGAAUGUUAAGAAAAUAUUGAACACAAUAAACAAAGACAAAGAAGAUAUGUUAAGGACUCAAAUUCAAACUUGUAGAGAUUAAAAACUAUACUGUCCGAGAUAAAAAAAAUAUGUCAACAUUCCACUAAUGCUUUUUUCCUGUGAACCUUUUUUUUUUCUUUUUUCUUUUUUUCGGAGCUGGGGACUGAACCCAGGGCCUUGUGCUUGCUAGGCAAGCGCUCUACCACUGAGCUAAAUCCCCAACCCCUGUGAACCUACUUUUAAAAUGCAAAAAUAAGCAAGCAAAUUUAAAAAACAAAUAAGCUUUGAUACACAUACUAAAUUUAAAAAGGAGAAGUCCUGGUAGGGUAUUGGGGUGUGGCUCUAAGGUCAGAACAUGGACGGCAGAUGUAGGAGGGUUGUAAAGCACAGGCUAACCUGGGCUACGUAGCAAGUAAACGAAGGCUUAGUGAUGUGCCUUCUGUGACAGAAUGCUUGCCUAGUGUGGUCAAGGAGACUAGCAGUUCUGAGAUGCUGCUACCGUUCUUUUAAAGAGGAGGGAGCAAUCAUAGGACCUAGUGCACAAAUGAAACACAGUCACACGAUCAUGGUAAUUUUGCAGGAAGAACUAAUUUGGAGCCCUGUUAGUUUUCAUAGUUGGGAGGGUGCAUGCUAUCUGAACCAAACUCCCAAUUUCCCUUUAAACUCUUCAACCCUGAGGUAAGGUAGUAUUGGAUGCUUUCAUAUAACCCACAGGAGAUCUCAUUCUUUUGAUAUUAUGAAACUCUGAUAAAUGGUGGCCUAAUUGCAGAUGCACGUCAUUUUCUACCAUAUACAUGUUCUCAGGAGGUUUUACAUACGUAUUUUUCAUGCAGUAAACUAUCUUAUUCAGGAGAAGUAACUCAUAAGGAUUUGCUUUAAAAGGAAGGAACCUUUAGUAAUGUAUAUGUUUACCAAACAUUUUCCUUUAAAUGUUUUUAUCUAUAGGUUAUAUAGCUUUUAACGAGAUUUAGCUCAUUAAAGAUGUGUCUAAAAACAUAUAUUGCUUUAUGAACCCUUGAGAAUGCCAUCCAGUGUAUUUUAGAUCAUUUUCACCCUGAGGGUGUUUGUUUCAAAAAUUAGAUGAGUCCUCGUUUAACAAGAUGUCACUUAUUCCUGCAGUGAAGGUUGCCGUCUACUCAGUGGAUGAUGACCUAGAGCCUGUCACCAGAACAACAGUCUUGACUUUCAUAGUAUUUACUUCUUCUCGAUCACUCGGGACACUUUCCUCACAGAUGUACGGACUGAGAAGAGCAGUUCUCAGGAGACAGCACUCUCUUGGAGGGCUGCCUGCCCUAAGAACUAACUCUUCAUAAAUGCUUGCCUGCAGUUCUGUGUUUCCAUCCAGCAUUGAAGCCACAUGGCUCUCCUGUCCAGUGUGGGCUUCUUUCAACCCCAGCUUCCAGAAUCGUGGGCUAAAAUAAGUCUGUGUUCUUUAAAGCUUACCUGGCACCAGAUACUCUUUUAUAACAACAAAAAAUAAACUAAGGCAGGGGUGGAUUUU